AUGCCAGAACCUGAAACGGAGAAGAAGACAUCAUCCGUGACGCUAGACUGCUCUCUUCUCGAGGAUUGUGUUUCGAAGCAAACUGAAACAGAAGAGCAGACAAUAUUGUCCAUGGCAGACUGGUCUCUUCUCCCUGAAGAUCUACUUCACAUCAUCUCGACGCAUCUGGAGAACUGUUUCGACGUAGUUCAUGUUCGCUCUGUUUGCAGCUCGUGGCGAUCCACAAUCCCUUUUCCCUGCAGCCUAUUAAGCUCAAGUUACUCUAUUCCCACGUUCAAUAAGGACUCUCUCGAAAACAAAGGCUUUUGCACCUUCGAGAAGAUCCCUUUGUUCCUCUUUAGAGUCCGUACUCCUUCUGCUGCUGCUGCUGAGUAUUUCUUGGGAGGAAUUGGCCAAGGCCCUAGAGAUGAGUCAGAGGAUCAAACAGAGCUUUCAUCUCCUAUUCAGUGUUCAGUGAAACUGAAGAUCCCAAGAUCUGACCAAACCUUUGUGAACAUGCUCGACUGUCAGAUUCUCUCUCUAGGCUAUCAGUACACAAUGAUUGGUGUGGUUUUUCUUCCUCUAGAAAAGGAAGAAUUCGUUAUGCUUCUCAAGCACUAUGAAGCUUUGUGGGUAUUAAAAAGUGCCGAAAUGAAGUGGAAGCUGCUUGAGAACGUCCCAAAGAAAUCAUGCUGGAAAGUAGUCGCUUUUCGAGGCAAAUUUUAUGCAUCGUAUGAAGGGAAAGUUGUUGUUAUUGAUCCUUAUUCCCUGGACGUGACUCUCUUGAUACCACUGCAGCCGCUCGAGCCAUUACAGUAUCUGGUUCCAUGUGGCAGUGAUGAAGUUUUCCUUGUUGAGAAAUGUAUGAGAUCGUUCAUAUUAAGAGUGAGUAGGCUAGAUGAGGAGGCUGGCAAAUGGGUCGAGGUCACGGAUUUAGGUGACCGGGUGUUGUUUAUAAGAGACUUGGGAAAUGUCUGCUGCUCAGCUAAAGAACUUCCUGACGGUUGUGGUGUGAGCGGGAACUCAAUUUUGUUCACCAAUCUGUUAGGCAAUGUAACAAACUUCUAUAAGUAUGGAGUGAGAGAGGAAGACGGCCUCAAGUGUUGGAGAUUGUUUAGAGAUCAAAGUGUGACAGUCCUCGGCAGAUAUCCGGUUGUAGCAUUCCGUGUUGACCAAGCUUCGCCAUAA